GAUGCACUUGCUUCAGACGUGAACGGUACUCUGCCCUCUUUACCUGUGCCCAGAGGACCCACGGCCCACCAGCUGCCAUAAUUCUUGAAAGCACAGUAUGAUUCAGAGCCCACUUGGCCAAACGUUUUUAUUUCAGCAAGCCGGCCUGGCCUGAAUAGGUUUUAUGGGUUAGUUUUUUAAUUGUAUUGCUAGGGGUUUUAAAUUGGGGCGGCUGUUUAAUUUAAUUCAUUUUUAAUUAUUUUAACUUUUAUAUUUAUGUUAUUUUAAUUCUUGGCUGUUCACCGCCCUGAGUCCCUUCGGGGAGAAGGGGGGAUAUAAAUUAAAUUAAAUAAAUAAAUAAAUGAAGGAAGGAAGGAAGGAAGGAAGGAAGGGUAGGGAAGACUUAUGGUCAGAAUCUGGCAGUGCUGUCCCUUCAUGAAGCUCCAGUGCAGGGAGGUGAUCUCCUCCCAGCUGCUGAUCUCUGCAGCACUGCCUGCCAGAUGAAUGAACAGGCCCCACUCUUCAGUGGGCAGCUCUUUUGGGGGGAAGGGUGCCUCCACCAGGUUGAUCAAUCUCCUGGUUUUGGAAUAGCUGGGUGCCGUAGUUAAUGCCAACUGCACAACAGAUUUUUAAUCUGCUUUGUGGUAGUGGUGUGCACUGGCUUAUGAGGGCUGUUUGGUCAGGGAUAGGUUGGAGGGGUUUCUGCUCUGAGAUGAAUAGAUUUCCUUGCAAGUGCACCCAUCGCUACCCGCCCCCCAGCUGCUUCCAUUUGAACAAGAUUCAAGUCUUCAAUCUUUACAUAAAGUCUUUGUGAUACUUACAAAAUCACAUUUAUCUCUUCAUAUGCUCAUCUUUUUUCUAGUUCAAGUUUCCUCAGAAACUUCUGUAGUUUCUACACAGAUUUUGGACCACUUUCACCUGAAUUUCCCUAUAAUUGACCAAGUGUCAUCUCCUAUGGUUCUACAAGAUGAUAAGAACUUCAUCUUGGUCUUCCUGAAAGAGAUUCUAGAUCAGUGAUGGCUAACCUUUUCUGGAUCGAGUGCCCAAAGCACCCAUGCCCGAACUCCCAAAAUGCAAGGCACAUGCACCCCCGCGCAUGCGCCUUGCUCCCCAUGCAUGUGUCACACCUCUGCAAGUGCUCCACCUCCCCUGCAUGUGGGCGCAGCCCCCCACGCCCUGCCCCCUGUGCAUGCGCGGCAGAGACCCGACCAGCUGGCUGGCGGGAGGCACGCAUAGGCAUGGCAGAGCUGAACUGGGGCGACGGUUCGCGUGCCCACAAAAAGGGCACUGUUUGCCACCUGUGGCACGCGUGGCAUAGGUUCGCCAUCACAGUUCUAGAUAAAGAACAGUGGAAACUGUUGGCCAUGGCCAUGCCUUUACUGUUUUGCAUGAACUGCCUGCUUCAGGCCAUGUAACAGCAGCUCAUUAAGGUGAAGGUCAGGGCUUUGACUUAGCCUUUUCAAAACAAAUUUCUUCUGCUUCAGUCAUUCCAUUGUAAUUACUUCUGUGUUUAAGUUUAUUGUCAUGCUUCAUGCCCCACAUUUAUUUAAAUUUCCUCUCGUGGACAGAUAACCAAAAAUUGUAUUACAAAAUUUCUUGGCACAAUCCCAAAUCCAUUAUCCCUUUAGGAUUGUGAGCCAACUGGGACAAGAGACUGCAAAGAGACCUUAUUGUGACAGUUCACUGUUGGAAUGAGAUACUUUGCUGGAUUGCGUUGUUUCAUUUUCCCCUAACAUAAAAAAGUUCCACUUUCAUCUUGUUUGUCCACAGAGCUUUGUGGUCUUCAAUUUGAGAUGGGUGUUUUCUGAGAUCAUAGUUUCCUCCCUGGCCUCCUCCUGGGCACACAAUUCUCAUUUCUUUGAUGGUGAACUCAUGGCCAGGGUUAGUGGAGAAGGCAAGCCUGGCCUGUAAAUACUUUGCUGUUACCGUUGGUUCUUUGCAGCCUCUGGGUUAUUGUAUGCUUUGCUCUUAAGUUAUCUUUUUUGGGGGGGGGGGGGGGGGCGACUAUUCCUGGUCUUGCAUUUUCUCAAUUUGAGCACUGUUUCCCUGACCAUGAAUUGAUAAAGGCCAAAGUCUUUAGGAUUUACCCUCUAGACUCUUGAGCAUUGCCAGGCCUUUCCCUGGGAUCUGCAGAGCAGGGGUGAAAUGCUACCGGUUCACAUAGGUUCGGGCGAACCGGUAGUAAAAAAAAGCUACUGGUUCGUCCGAACCAGUAUUUCCGAUGAUCAGCUGUGCCGCGCGAUUUAAAUUCGCUAGAAAGUUGCUUUCUAGCAAAUCUAAAUUGCGCGGCACAGCUGUUCCUCCCCUUGCUGUUCUACUUACCUUGUUAAGCCUCCUUUUUCCAGGCGAAGUGUGCGCUUGGCACGCACUGCAUAUGCAUGCAGCAUGCGUUUGAUGCACACUGCACAUGCGCUGAGCACUGCUUUUGGUGCGCACUGCACAUGCGCGUGGAGUGCACCAUGCUUUUGGUGCACUGUGCAUGUGCGUAUGUAGUACGCAUUUGGUGCACGCGGGCAGCAAACCAGUGGCAAUCUGUAGAGGAUUUCACCACUGCUGCAGAGAUGUUCCCUUUCCUUCAUCUGUGUUCUGAGGAACAGACUCUGAUGGUGACAAUCAGUGUCUGGGAAUAUAGGGGUUUUUAUAGGGGAGGAGCCCUCAGACUCAUACCUGACUGUCAUCGAGUAGAAUCAUUAACCCAAUUUACCCCCAUAACAGAGAGUGGAUUAUAUUAGGGCUUUGUAUACUUUUUCCAGCAAAGACUGUGAAGGUUGGCUUGGUGUUCAAUAAGGAGGUGACACAGAACACUGUUUUGAGUGUUGUUUGUUUAAUCAAACCCUCUUUAUUUAUUACAGGUAGUCCUUGUUUACAGACCAUGCACUUGGCAAUUGGACAAUGGUGCUGAAAAAACAAAUUUAUGCCCAAUUUACAACAAUUUAUGACCUUCACAGCAUUCCUCAGCCUCGUGAUUUGUAUUGCAUUCAGUACACAACCUGUGUUUCUCUCCCCUUGCGGAACAGACUGAGGAAGGGUCUGCAAGAGAGUAAUGGGCUGCCAGCACAUUGCAUGACUUUUGAUGUGUACCAGAGGGUACUUGGGCAUUCCAGCGCUCCAAAGAAGGGGGGUGGGGGUGGAGCAGGGUAGGAGGCAAACAAAAGCAGAAGGUAUGAAACUGACUAAUCUCGUCUUCUUUAUGUCAGAAAGCACCCUCCCAGCCAUUGAUUUCCCAGAUAGCCACCUCUUUGCUUAGCGUUAAGAGUUCCAUGGGGUUUUUAAGCGAGGACUACCUGUAAUAAGAUGUUGUUGAAGGUCUGGUCACUUCUGAGGGUUCUCAAGGAUUACCAUAAAGGGUCCCCAAAUGUUCUGUUGUGGCUGAGCUGUUCAUACUUGCUGGGAGCUGUUUGGAGGCUGAGAUGAACAUCGGAACAGAAGUUGCACCUUUCUGGAUUGGAUGUCUGGCCCAUGGAGUCCAUCAACCAGUGCUCCCAGGAAGCUCUGCAGCCCCCAGGAAAAUACCGUAGGCCAGUUUUCCUCAACCUGGGAAAUUUUAAGAUGGAUGGACUUCAAUGCCAGGAAUUCCCCAACCAGUGAAAUUGAAAGUUGCUGGGGUUGAGAAACACCACUCUAGGCAGAUACUCAGUGUUCCAAGGACUUUCAUGAAUCAGUCAAUCCUUUUUUAAAGCCAGAGAACUGUUACCCAGCGUCACAUCUCAUGAUAGCAAAUUCCAAAAUUUAAUUAUGUAUUGUGUUAAAAGAAUUUGAAAGUGAGAUGGGUGAUACCUAAGUCUGACAAACAAAUAAGAAAUAAAUAAGAACAUCCUCGGAAAAUUUUAGCUUUGUGGCAGUCAUGUUUUAAAGAAGCAUUCCCUGUUUUCUGCUAGAAACACUGCAAUAAUGCAGAGCUUUCAGCUUCCUCAGCUUCCAACAUGAACUGCCCAGGGGACCUCCAGCUAUGAUUCCUCCAAGGUUUCUAGAAGAAAAACAUCAGCAGCCUGGAGGGGUGGAGCUGUGGUUAGAUGUGCAGUAUUGCAGGCAAACUCUGCCCACAGCCUGGAGUUCAAUCCUGACGGGGCGCAAGAUUGGCUCAGCCUUCCAUCCUUCCGAGGUCCGUAAAACGGGGAUCCAAACUGUUGGGGGUGAAUAGGCUGACUCUGUAAACCACCCAGAGAGUGCUGUAAACCACUAUGGGAUGGUGUACAAGUCUUAAGUGCUAUUGCUAUUGGUAUCACCCAAGGUCAGUUAGGUGUUAUUGAUUUUAAUGAAUUUUAAAGACUACUUUUAUUAACAUCUCCUCUGAUGAAAUAUUCCAGAGCAAUCAAACGUUCACCCACUCCUUUGUGCCAUUUUGGAAGAGUCUCUCCACCAGCAUCCAGAUGAGCAUGGAUUAAUUCCAAGAUUAACAUCAGACCAACAAUCAAGUAAACAAUACCCCAAUCAAGAAACUAUCAAAGAAGCCAACAGUAAAGAGCCCAACCAAACAAUCUCAUAAGACUUUUCCCACUGACUGGGGCAAGCCACUAGAACAGGGGUGUCAAACUCGCGGCCUGCAGGCCGGAUGUGUCACAUACUAGCCCCGCCCCUGCCUGGUUUAGCAAAGGGGGGGGAGUCCCAAUAUGUCACGUGAUGAUGCCAUGACAAUGUGAGUUUGACAUCCCUGCACUAGAACAUAAACUCGGAGCAAAUACCACUCCUUACUAACUCCUUACCUAGUUUGAGUAAUGAAACAUCUGCAGGAAAACAGCUGAGUUCAGAGAGUGCCCAAACCCCUUCAUUUCAACCCUCAGCUGUAAAUAUUCUCCUUUAUUGAUAUAUGCAAAAUAUUGCAUUGCCUGCUAACCCUUGUGCUGUAGGGGCCUGGUAAUAGGGAAGGGUGGGUCAGAUGAAUAAUUGAGGCAAUUGAAGGUUGUUGGUGGGUUUUCCAUAACCACCUAUGGAAUAUGCCUGAGAGCUAUUGCCUGUUCAGGCCCAUUUCACAGAGAACACUUGUUGGAGGCCAAGGACACAAGCAGCCACAGACUUCAGGCAAUCCCCAAGUGUGUGUGUGGGGGGGGGAAGGGGUUUGACAACAAUUGCCUUUGGGCUGGGUGCCCUUUGGGAAGGCCUUGCUGCAGCACACGAGAGUCCUUAUGCCACCCCUUCCUUGGUUGUCUUGCAGCAGCUCCUGUGCUGAGCUCUGCCCUGUAUUUUGGGUGGGGAUCCAGAAGGAGGCAGGCAGCUGGAGGAGCAGAAUGUGCUGCUUGCUGAGCUGAGAAGUGACCUGGGUCUGGAGAGGUGUCCUCGGGAGGACGCAUCUCUGUGUGUAGGAAUCUCUUCGGAGGUGAGGGAGAGGGUGGCUCAGUUUUGGCUCUCUGCCUUGCUGAGCCAGGAGACUUUUAUGGGUUGACGCAAAGUGAGGAAAGGUGGCUGGUGGGAGAGACGCCCUGGUCUCCUGCAGAAUGUGACCCACAUGAACGACAGGAGAAGAAAGCCAGGGGCUCUCCCUGGACCUUUGAUUCUCUGCCAAAGAGCUUGGGCAACAGGCUUCCCUCGGCCUGAGCUGCAAGCCAGUCCGUCUUGUCAGGAUCCAGCCAGGCUGGUUUCUUAGCAAGAGAAAAUUACUCAGAAGUGAGCUGUGCGGACAGGAAAUUACAGUUCUGCCAGCUGCGGGUGAUCCAAAACACGGUCCCCACGUGCAAAGUGCAGCCUGGAUUGUGAGGAGGUUUUGGAAAGUCCCCCUGAUAUUCUGAGCCCAGGACCCCUGACCAGACUUCUCCCCUCCCUGGGUCACCAGGAAACAGGUCCCCGGGGCUGCCUGAUGUGCCCUCUUUCUGUCUCCUGCAGCACAGCCAUGAUGGGAGGCAGCCUGCUUUUUCUCUGCUCUUUCCUAGUUCCAGUGAUCUUGGCAGAGGCAACUGAGCAAGAGAAAGAAAAGGAUCCCUUCAACUAUGACUACCAGACCCUGCGGAUUGGCGGCCUGACCUUUGCCGUUGUUUUCUUCACGCUCGGGAUCCUGCUCAUUCUGAGCAGGCGAUGCAGGUGCAGCUUCAACACAAAGGCCAGGGCUCCUGGUGAUGAGGAGGUGCAGGCUGAGAACCUGAUUGCUCCAAACGCAACAGCAGCACCAGAGAAAGCAGAGAACUGUGUUUGUCCUCCGUGCUCCCCAUUACAAUGUAUGUGUGUGCAGCCGAGGCUGCUCUGGCUGUCCAUAUCGGAGCCAGACAGGCUGGAAAAGGGUAGGUGGUCCAGGUUCUUCACAGCUGGAGAGAAAUUACCCCCUUCACCAGCCCCCUCCCAUUUCCUCCAACAGAAAGUCAGAGGAGAGAGUAACUCCGACCUUUUGAUCCAGCCCACCAAAUGCGAUGGUGACUCUGCCUUGAAAAGGCAGGCCCAGAUUCUGCUCACAGGGGGCACCAGCCCUGGGCCAGAGGCGAGGGGGGAGUGUUGGAGAGGUGGAAAAACCCCAGAAGAGGCGUCCCCAUCAGACGCGGGAGGGGGUCCUGCGGGCCCUCUAUUUAUUGCCCCGCACAGUUGCUCUCCAGUCCUUUCCGCAGCGAGAUCUGAGCUCUCCCAAGGGACGCGGGCAAAACCAGCGGGUGGCGCGAUGGGACCGGUUCCUUUCUCCCCCACCGAUGUGGCAAAAAAUUUGCCGGAGACCGAGAAAGCCAUAUUUUCUUACGGACCAGCGAGUCACCAGCCACCUUCCUUAAGCCUUGGAGGAGUCUCGCCUCACCUUGCCGCUCAGAUCCACGCCCCUCCCCUCCCCGCGCCUUUGAUUCACAGCUUGUUUGACUACGAGACCAUCCGCCACGGGGGGCUCAUCUUCGCCGUGGCGGCCUUCCUGAUCGGGCUCGCCAUACUCUUCAGUCGGCGGUUCCGCUGCGGAGGGAAGCAGCAGCGACGACCCGGCGAAGUGAACGAACUGUGAACCCGGCUCUGUCCAGCGCACCUUUCUGCGAGCCUCCAGCUCCUUCUAGGAGGGGGACAGGGAGUGCGGGAGGCCUAGCCGGCGGCUGUAGCACCAGUGGCGGCGGAUAUGCCUCUUCUCUGCCGGGAGCAAGAGGCUGCGGACCGCGCAGGUGCUCCGAAGGCUCAAUGGGAAGCGUCUCCGGUCGCGCGUCCGAGGAAGCGACGAGCCUACAGGUGUGCUUGGCUGCCGCCGCACCGCCUCUGGCCAUGAAAUAAAGCGCCGCCUCCCAAGUCGGGUUUUAGCCUGAGAAAA